UUAGUUACUCAUUACUCAGAUAUAAAUACAAAAUAAAAAUUAACUUAUUUUUACUUAUUAAAUUAGAUUGCAUAUCAAAAUUAAUUAUUGAUAUACAAAACAGUUGACUGUUAAUUAUAUAGUAAAUACUAUUGCGCAAUAUUCGGUGCAUACUAUUGUGCAAUUUUUGACGUACGUUCAUUUUUUUUUAAUACAAAUGUAUCGAAUAAUUUUGAAAUGCAUAGAUAACAAAUUAAAAAUAUUUCAAUCAUGACUGAAGUAAUCGACUCUGAGGCUUCAUCAAUAUACAGAGGGUGUUCUUUUUGGAGCUGGUUUCCUUGGAGCUCAAUGUCGUGGAAAUGUUUACAAGAAGCCGAACGGAAAUUAUUUGCAUUUGUCCAAUCUCCAUACCGUACUCGAUAUGUUAACCUAGGUCCAGUUGUUGAACAAGAAGAUAAAAUAUGGACAUUAGAAGUUAAUACUGAAAAACGUGAAACACCUGUAGUUUUAUUACAUGGUUUUGGUGCUGGUAUUGGGCUUUGGUGCAUGAAUGUUGACAAAAUAUCAAAUAAUCGUAGACCUGUAUAUGCUAUGGAUUUAUUGGGCUUUGGUCGCAGUUCUAGGCCAAAAUUUAGUACAGACCCUGAACAAGUGGAACAUCAAUUUGUAAAUGCUAUUGAAAAAUGGAGAUCAGAAAUUAAACUUGAAAAAUUUAUUCUUCUUGGCCAUAGUUUUGGAGGAUAUUUAGCUACUGCUUAUUCUUUACAACACCCUGAAAGAGUUCACCAUUUAAUACUUGCUGAUCCUUGGGGAUUUCCCGAAGAAAACAAAAAUAUUAAGAGCAAAAUUCCUUGGUGGGCUAAAGGAUUAUUUUAUGCUCUUAAAUCAUUAAAUCCACUAUGGCCAGUAAGAUUUGCUGGUCCUUAUGGUCAAUGGUUAGUGACAAAUUUGCGAUCUGAUAUACUGAAGAAGUUCGAACCUGUACUUGGAGAACAAUCAACUGUGAUUGGAGAAUAUAUAUUUCAGUGUAAUUCUCAACGUGCAACGGGCGAAAGCGCUUUUACUUCAUUAGUUACUGGUUUUGGUUGGGCAAAAAACCCAAUGAUUAAACGUAUACAUCAUUUAGAUAAAAGAGUGCCCAUUACAUUGAUUUAUGGACAAAACACUUGGAUGGAUCAAAGUAUUGGACAAAAAAUUAAAUUAGAAAGAGAAAAUAAUUUAGUUCAAGUUGAGACUAUACCGAAUGCGGGUCAUCAUGUUUUUGCUGACCAAUUUGAAGUAUUUAAUAAUCUAGUUGAUAAAAUAUGCAAAGAAAAUGUGAUUGAAAUUGAAAGUGAAACAAAAAAAUAGUAUUACAACAAUAUUGAAAUUUAUGUCUAUGAUAUACUUAUAUUACAUUAUUUAUUUACAUUAAAAAACAAAAUAUUAUAUAA